AUGGACGCUCAAGUGCGAAGAACUUCCACUCGUCGUAGCAAACAUCUCAGCAGGCCUGAACGUUUUCAACCAGCAGAGCCUAUAUUGCGUAAAAAAGAGUCUACUCCAUGGGAUUCGUGGGUGUUAUUUUCGCUUAUAGUUACUUUCUGGGCUCCUAGUCCAUUGCUGUCGUCUGUUGGUGGUCUUCGUGAUAAAGCAUCACAACAGGCAUGGCGUGAAAAAAUUGCAUUAUGUUCAAUUGCUAUUAUAUUGAGCGGCAUAGUAUGCUUUAUGACUGUAGGCUUUACGCCUGUUACGUGUCCUGCAUCUAAAGUGAAGAGUGACGAAUACCUAAGAUUUGAUGAAAACCCUGGUGUAGUAGGCAUUCUCGGAUGGCAAUUCAGUGUGCUACGAUCAAAAGUUGAUAAAGUUAACUUUUAUCAAUUAGCAAAUCAAGGAAAUGGACAAGACGCCACCGGCUACUUCACUCGUCAUUUAAAUCUCAUAAAGGCGUGCCAAGCUCCAGCUCUUCAACGCUUUGCAGCUGUCAGACAAAAUUUCUGUGCAAACACAUCGGCCAUACAACAACCGUGUAUUGUUGGUGACUUGACAUUGAAGACAUUAGUUGGUAUUCAGCUCUUGAACACUACAAAAAAAGUUGGUUAUGAUUGGAAUCAAUUGUCGGAUCGUAGGUUGAAAAACUACAUGGUUAUCAAUGAUAAAGUACUUAAUAUGGAUUUGUACUUGGAGAACAAUCAACGUAACCCAUCGGACGCUGUAGAUACUGCUAUUCGGUCUGUAGUGUUUAAUGGUCACUCUGAAGGCGGAAAAGAUGCUACACGCCUUUUUUUUAGUCGCAAGGAUCUCAAAAGUGCGGUCAGUUGUUUGACCCUUAAAUACAUUGCCGGCUAUAUUGACAAAGGAACAGCCGGUUGUUUUGUGUCUGAACUAGUAUUAUACGUAGCAUUAACUGUUGUGCUUGGCGUAGUCAUGACUCGUUUUCUCAUGGCUAUCGUAUUCACUUGGUUCAUCUCUGACCAUCUUGUAAAAGAGCCAAAGACGGUUGAGCAAGUAAGGUCUCCUCAGGAAUUGCCUUCGGAAGCUGAACAAACUGGUGAUGCUGCUCGCUGGAUACGACAAAACGAAUUUGGUAUUGUUACUGAGGAUAUUACAAUGGACAGUAUAGGCAACGAUUUGUAUACAAUCUUGCUUGUUGCCUGCUAUUCUGAAGGUGAAGAAGGCUUACGCAUUACUUGCGAGUCUAUGGCUUCUACGACAUAUCCAGAUGAUCGCAAAUUGCUUUUUCUCGUAUGUGACGGUGUUAUUACUGGCAUUGGUAAUAGUCAGAGCACUCCAGAUAUUUGUGUUAGUUUUAUGAGACUCCUUCCAGGAUACGAAAAUCCACAACCAAAGAGUUACAUUGCAGUCGGUGAGGGUAACAAACGACAUAACAGAGCCAAAAUAUACGCUGGACAUUUUCCAUACAAAAAUCGGCUCAUUCCUAUGAUUACUGUUGUUAAAUGUGGUAAUAUAGAAGAACAAGGCAGCUCGAAACCAGGAAAUCGUGGCAAGCGUGAUUCUCAAACGAUGUUGAUGCAUUUCUUCAGCCGUGUUACAUACAAUGAUCGGAUGACAGAAUUUGAUUAUGAUCUCUUCACAACGUGUCAUUAUCUUAUGGGGGUUACUCCCGACGUUUUCGAGACAAUAUUAAUGGUUGAUGCGGAUACGAAAGUGUACCCAAACUCUCUCCGACUACUCAUUAACUGUAUGUGCAAUGAUCCUUUGAUUAUGGGUCUCUGUGGUGAAACGAAGAUUGCCAACAAACGCGAUUCCUGGAUAACAGCAAUUCAAGUCUUUGAAUACUACAUCAAUCAUCAUCUUAGCAAAAGCUUUGAAUCAGUGUUUGGUGGCGUUACCUGUCUCCCUGGUUGUUUCUGUAUGUAUAGACUCAAAGUUCGUAAGGGCGACGAUGACUGGGUUCCUCUCAUUGUAAAACCCGAAGUUGUUAUAGAAUACUCGCAGGACAAAGUUGAGACUUUACAUCAGAAGAACUUGCUACUUCUCGGUGAAGAUCGUUUCUUAAGCACAUUGAUGUUGAGAAACUUUCCUUAUCGUAAGAUGAUGUUUUGUCCGCAAGCUAUAUGCAAGACCGUUGUUCCGGAUGAACUCAAAGUCUUACUCUCACAGCGUCGGCGAUGGAUCAAUGCUACUGUCCAUAAUCUUAUGGAAUUGCUUGUGUAUAUUUCGUGGAUGGCAAUAUAUUUGUUGGCCUUGCCUGUAUGGAAUUUUGUUCUGCCGAUAUAUGCUUACUGGCACUUUGACGACUUCUCGUGGGGCGAAACUAGGAAAGUUGAAGGAGAAGAAGGCGAAGGCGAAGGCGAUAAUAAUGGCAACCAUGAGGGAGAAUUUGAUUCUUCCAAAGUACCGAUAAAGCGAUGGCAAGACUGGGAAAAGGCUAGACUUCGUCGCGUGAGGCGGCAUGAAGAGCAACUAAGACGCUAUCCACCGCCAUAUGCCUGA